GCUAGUUAUUUGAGGGCAACAGUUGCAUUCCCAGUCUUAUCGCCUAGCUUUGUGAUUCUCCUCGAUGCCGGUCGUUAACCAGAAAGGAAUCCCGCCUGCCUGUGCGGGGGGCGUCAUACCAUCCACCGUUCACAAAGUGAUCCAAGAGCAUCUGCAAACAGGUAUCCGUCACAAAGAGUCGUUCUUCGUUGGCGAUGAGCCUUUCAUUCACAACCAGCUGAAAUUGUGGGAAAGCAAGCUCUCUGAUGUAGAGCCUUUCUACGCUGUCAAGUGCAACGACAACCUUCGUUUUUUGAGAAUUCUGGCAGAACAUGGAUUGGGAUUUGACUGCGCUUCACAAUCCGAGAUGCAACGGAUUUUAAACCUCGGCGUUGAGCCACAUCGAAUCCUCUACGCCGCACCAUUCAAGUCGGAAGACGGAAUUCUCUAUGCCAAAGAGCAUGGCGUGACCCAAACGAUGUUUGACACGGAGGACGAGCUUCGAAAGCUAGCUGACUAUUUUCCCAACGCAGAGCUGUACCUUCGCCUAUGGGCAGAUGACCCAUCUUCCCGCGUCCGGCUCGGCUCCAAAUAUGGAGUUCAACUACCACAAGCCAAAGAACUCCUGGUAUUAGCACAAGAACUCAACAUGAAGGUGAUUGGGCUCUGUUUUCAUGUGGGCUCAAGCGCAGCAGACUUCGAUGCCUACCGGCAGGCGAUAGCGUUCACUCGCGAGGUCUACGACUUUAACCAGAGUCUCAGAGAGGACCAGAGACAUCCGAUCCGCACGAUUGAUAUCGGAGGCGGGUUCUCACUUGGAAAUUUUGAAAGCGCAGCAACGGCGAUACGCACGAGUAUUCGACAGUAUUUCGGAGAUGAGAAACAUCUCAGAUGGUUCGCUGAACCUGGCCGUUAUUUUGCAGAAGAAGCUUUCUACCUUGUAUGUCGAGUGCUCGGGACUCGUCCUCGUGCGUGUUUAGGUAAUGGAAUCGGCGCAGACGAAAAGCUUCCCGUUGGCGACAUACAUAUUAACGACGGCAUAUAUCACAAUUUCUUAAACGCUCUGACCGAGCAGGUGGUACCACAACCUAUUUUACUGGAUUGUACGGGUACGCCAUACGUAUCAGCUGCUGAUAACGGAGAUCCAUAUACUGUCUGGGGUCAGACGUGCGAUAGUUUUGACAAGAUAGCCACAAACUGUGUGCUCCCACGGCGGGCAAAAGUCGGGGAUUGGCUCUGUUUUCCUUUCAUGGGAGCAUACACGCACGUCACUGGGUCUGACUUUAACGGAUUCCCAAAACUUAAAAAGACAAUAUGGAUAUCCAACUCCCCCGAAGACGUCUCAAUCGCGGCGUCGAGCCCGCUUCGCACGCUUAGAGCACUGCAACAUUAUUUAGUAAGGGCAGUCGGCCUGGCGGAAAGCACUUCUAGCGAGAGGGAAGGGAUUGGCUUCAAAGUCAAUGAUGAGCUGGCGGCUUUCAACUCCAGUGUUGGACUGGUCGAUAGAUUGCUUGCGGGGCUCAGAGCGCUGCACAUUCUUUCAGGGUCGCGUCAUUGACCGCAACCGGGGAGGGGGGGUUUCGGGCUUUAACAAAUGCAUGGGAGCUUGGAGGGUUUGACGGGGCAUGGAACCUGAUGUUGGGUGGGAAAAACAGGCUCCUUCUACAAGCAAGGAGCACGGCAUUCUGUAUGAUUUGGUAAAAGCUUUGUAGCAACCCUUUGGCUGAUUUUUGGGUCAAAAGGUUUGUUAGCUGACCGUGAUAUAUUGCCACCCUUGGAUAAUGCUGUACAUAUUCGCGAAGAACGCAUUGAGCGGCUCGACGUGUUGCUUCACUGCCUGCGGAGACGGGCAAUCAGAGAUUGAGACGUAUGCUGGUUGCUUGGAUGGGCCUCACUGGCUACCCGGGCGUAGUGUUGAUAGAUCUAGGGCCCCAAGAGCUAUUUUACUCUAGCACGGUUCGGAAUAUUCAAAUAAAUGUAUAGAGAUUUGAUUUCGGGGUUGCCACGGGCAUGCUGGCAAACUGCUGGCACACUUAUCGGGCAGGGAGCAGGACAGGCACACCCGCAAGUCCAGAUAACUAAUUCCGGGAGAGCUCCCUUCAAGCCUGCUGCAGACAACUGACGCCAGCGGUUCUGCCGAAUGCAAAACCCCCCGCAGCCCGUAUUAUUCCUGCCCAACGCGAGAAACCGAAUUGCCCGAGUAGCACAAAGUCUCGCGCGAAUGUCAAUUAGCAAACGAGAUUGUUUUUCCUAAUAUCCGCUCUUUCAUGUAUGUCGCCGUUUCUUUUGCUUCACAGUCCCGGUGGAUGAUCCGUUUGCAUACGUGAUUAUCAGACUCUGUUAAUUAGCAAAUCCGUCGCACGAGUGAGUGGAGUGAUUCACAAUCCAGCGACGACCGCCGCACGACAUCCGUGCCGUUGCCCGGAACAUCGAGGCAAACGAAGUGGCAAAAAUUAACAUCUCAGCAAGAGAUCUGAUAAUCACCCGGAAUCUCGUGAUCAGGAUACGAACCCAGGCGACGGGAUGUGUGAUGAAGCUGGGUGAAUGGCGCUGGCUUACUUUGUGGGGUGUUGAUCGUUGACCGGGGUGUGUGUGUGUGUCCUGGGACUGUGGCCAGUGGCGGCAUUAUCUCCCUGACCCUUGCUGCAUCGUCGGCUAUGUAACGA